AUGGAAUUUUCUGAAAAUAUAGAACACUUUCUUGACACAUAUGAUUCUAUCUUUUCAGAAUUAAGCUCUGAAGAAAUAGAUAAGAACAUAUACACUGAAGAAACAGAAAUUUCUCAAUUAGAUGAAUCAAGUGACGAAAAUACUAUAAAUAAAGAGUCUGACAUUAUAAAGAUUUCUGAGACCACUGUAAAUAAUCUUAUCGAAAAACUUCAAAAAUGUUGUUCAUGCGAAAGUAAAUGUAGUGAAAAGGUUCUAUCAGAUUUGCUACAAUCCUUAGUAUUGAAAAGUCUUCAAAUAAAUAAAAAGCAGCGUCAUUAUUCAAUGUUAAUACUUAUUUUAUCUUCUAAUUCUAAAUUAUUUCCUAAACAAACAAUUAAAAAAUAUUCAUUAUCUUACUUUGAUGAUAUUUGUUUUUUAUUUUUUCAAAUGUUUUGGAGAUUUGGUUAUAAUGCUUUUCGACAUGUAAGUAGUUGGAUCAGAGAAUCAAAACUUUUUAUUAAAACACUUAGAAAGCAGCAAGGUGAAGCAUUAGCUGUUAGAAAAUAUACUCGAACAAGAGUUAAUAGAAAAAUAACUGUUAAUUAUGAAAAAGAUAAUGUUAUUCUUCUUCCAUUUCAUUAUUCUUAUAAUCAUGAUACUGAGCUUAGUAAGAUACUAAUUAGAAAACCAUCCAAGAAUGUUUGUGAUGAAUACAUCCUAUAUAAGCAUGCAUUAAAAAAAAGUAUUAAUGACACAAAUGAAGACCUUGAUAUACAGUUAAUAACACAUAUAUUAGAUUAUCAGGCAAUGAGAGAUGCUUAUGAAGAUAAUAUAAAAAAUACAAAAACCUAUGAUCAUUCUUUGUUUUGUGUUUUUUCAUUUAAUUUUGUCCAAAACAUGGAAUUGCCUUAUAACCCUCAACAACCUGGAAGCAAAGCCUUAAAAGAAGCAAAUGAAGGCCAUACAAGAAAUUCUGUUGAUCGUGGAUUUGACAGUACAAAACAUAUGUAUGCCAAAUUCGAAGCUUGGUGUAUGGAUCAUAUGGUUGAUAUAAUAAAACAAAGUGCAAGUAAUAAUAUUUUAGUUAAUUUUGAAAAACAAGAGGAAGUCUUUCGUGACUGGACAUCAAUGUUUAGUACAUUAUAUUGUAAACCUUCUGCUAUUCAAAAGUAUCAUUUCUUUCAAUUUAAUUAUGAAAGAACUGGUAUAAUCUAA